GAUCACCCAUUUAUAAGUAAAAUUAAACAUUCUGUAAGGGAUGAAAGGUUUAAGAAUAUAUUCUUUCAUCAAGAUAACACAAAGAAAUGCAACUAUAUAUUUAUACUUGACACUUUGCAUUAGGCACCAAGGCCAAAAUUAAUCCUUGUGAAGCUAACAAAAAUGGAUAAUUUGUAUUGACGUAAUAUGCAUGCGAAAUUCUCACAAGAUUUUGCACGAGAAAUGAUGUCUGUUUGUCACUUUAAAUAUAUGUUGAUAAUUAAAUUAGAAAAGAUAAUGAAAAUAAAAAUACAAAUUGUACUAUAUGAAAAGAAUAAUAAUAAAAGAUGCUAGCUAAAGCUUAAACAUAUAUUAAUAUAACAUUUAAGAUAAUUGUUAAAUUUGAAAUUUAUUAUAAUUAAUAAAUUAAAAUAUUUUAUAAGCAAUGAAGACAAGAAUAUGUCACAAGACCCUUCUCUUUUCAAUUUAACUAGCUAGAGAAAAUCAGUGACCAAUGUGAAUUGUUGGCACUAAGGCCAAGAUUAAUGCAUGUGAAGCUAACAUGUAUAAUUUGUCUUGAUUAGUGUUUGAACGUGAAGUAAUGUGCAUUCCAAAAUUCCCAAGCAAACAUGACUCGUUAAUCUAUGUGUUUUAAACCCUAAAACCAUUAUAAUAACUUCAAUUCACUAUAUAAAUGUACAUCACCAUGUAUAUGUUGGAUUACUGUGUGCAUAAACAAAAACUCAAAAACUUUCAGGAGAAAUUCAAGAUAUGGAAAGUUCUAGAUCAAGGUUGAGUUGGGUAGCUUUGGCUGUGUUAGUAGUAGCCGGAAUACUAAUUUCCGGUGAACAAGCUUCAGCCAUUAGCUGUCAGAAAGAUGUUAUAGGGCUUGCUACGAAGUGUAAGGAUUUUGUUGAAAAAGAAGGACCUAUAGUUAAACCAUCGAAGGAUUGUUGUGCAGUGGUGAAGAAAGCCAACGUGCCAUGUGUUUGCUCACUUGUUACCAAGCAAAUCGAAGAUUUAAUCAGCAUGGAGAAGGUCUUCUAUGUGGCUAAAACAUGCGGCAAGAAAGUUUCUCCUGGAACUAAAUGUGGAAGUUACACUGUUCCAGGGGCAUGAAGAUAGAUAUUAGAAACAUUAUCAAAAGGGCAUUUGGAUGUAUUUUUAAGACUUUGAAUUGUGUCAAUUGAUGUGUCUCUUAUAUGUUAUUGCUUUCAAUAUUUAAUAACAAGGGUAUCUCUCAUUUACCAGAAAAA